UUUUCACUUUUUGAGUUUUGAUUUUUUCUCUUCGCUGCUCCACAGCCACUAUCUUCAGAUAUUUCAAGAGAGUAAGCGGAAGACGUAGAGACGGUGAGGAAAGAUGAGGGAGAUAAUCAGCAUACACAUUGGGCAGGCUGGUAUUCAGGUCGGGAAUGCUUGCUGGGAGCUUUAUUGCCUUGAACAUGGAAUUCAUCCUGAUGGGAUGAUGCCUAGUGAUACCUCAGUGGGUGUUGAUGGAGAUGCUUUUAAUACCUUCUUUAGCGAGACAGGAUCUGGCAAGCAUGUGCCUAGAGCUGUGUUUGUUGAUCUUGAACCCACUGUCAUUGAUGAAGUUCGAACUGGGACUUAUAGACAACUUUUCCAUCCUGAACAACUUAUUUCCGGCAAGGAAGAUGCUGCCAACAAUUUUGCACGAGGCCACUAUACUGUUGGGCGAGAAAUUGUUGAUUUAUGCCUUGACCGAGUGAGGAAAUUAGCAGACAAUUGCACUGGGCUGCAAGGAUUUCUGGUAUUAAAUGCUGUAGGAGGUGGCACCGGUUCUGGUUUGGGCUCACUGCUCUUGGAACGACUGUCUGUGGAUUAUGGGAAGAAAUCCAAGCUUGGUUUUACAAUUUAUCCUUCUCCUCAGGUUUCUACUGCAGUUGUGGAACCAUACAAUAGUGUGCUCUCGACUCAUUCCCUUCUUGAGCACACAGAUGUGGCAGUGCUUCUUGACAAUGAAGCUAUUUAUGAUAUCUGCAGGAAAUCCUUAGACAUUGAAAGGCCAACUUACACCAAUUUAAACCGCCUAAUAUCCCAAAUUAUCUCUUCUUUGACCACUUCGUUGAGGUUUGAUGGUGCUAUUAACGUGGACAUUACAGAGUUCCAAACUAACCUUGUACCAUAUCCUCGUAUCCACUUCAUGCUUUCAUCCUAUGCGCCUGUAAUCUCAGCUGCAAAGGCUUACCACGAGCAAUUAUCAGUCCCUGAGAUUACAAGUGCUGUGUUUGAACCCUCAAGUAUGAUGGCCAAAUGUGAUCCACGACAUGGAAAGUACAUGGCUUGCUGUUUGAUGUAUCGUGGAGAUGUUGUCCCCAAGGAUGUUAAUGCUGCAGUUGCUACCAUCAAGACAAAGCGAACGGUUCAAUUUGUUGACUGGUGCCCAACUGGUUUCAAGUGUGGUAUCAACUACGAGCCACCAGCAGUUGUGCCCGGGGGUGAUCUCGCCAAGGUACAGCGUGCAGUCUGCAUGAUAAGCAACAAUACAGCUGUGGCGGAGGUAUUCUCCCGUAUCGACCACAAAUUUGAUCUGAUGUAUUCCAAGCGGGCAUUUGUCCACUGGUAUGUAGGUGAAGGUAUGGAAGAAGGUGAGUUCUCCGAAGCUCGUGAGGAUCUCGCUGCUCUUGAGAAAGACUACGAGGAAGUCGGGGCAGAAGGCGUUGAUGACGAAGAUGAAGGGGAAGAUUACUGAAAAUCUAUGUUGAUGCAUCGGCAGCUGUCUAAUGUUUGUCAUAAUCUUUUUUUUUCCAAUUUAAUGUGGUCUUUAAACUGUUGGUCUUUUACAUUGUGGAUUUGUAGUAACAGUUGUUUAUUUUGUCUUGGAAGUAGACUAUGUUUGUCUUGUCAUGGUAUGAGUAGCAAAAGUGCGAUCCCGGUUGGGACUACCAAUUA